UUCAUUCAACUUUGUGCCGCUCGAGCGUGCGUAUAUAGUUCCCUCUCAUCAGUAUCAGUAUCAGUAAAAGUAACAGUAACAGUAACAGUAUCAGUUCCUUCGCGAGUACCUUCAAAAAAGAUACAAAUCGAUCCACGGUCGCAGUCCCAAACAUUCGAUCGAAAGAAAAUCAUCUGAAUAGAAAACGGUCUACUUCUCGAUUUCGAACUCGAAGAACGCGUAAUUCCAGUGUUUUCCCAUUGGUUAAGGUGUUUGCCUUAAAGUGAGCCAUAAACUAAAAACCGAAACCUAAAAGUCGGCGGAGAGGAAAAAAACUAAAUAACGCCCACUGCAAAAAACACCACCUACUGGUUACCCGUGGAAAAAGCUAAAAAAAAGGGGAGUAAAGGUGAAAUCACAGAGCGGCGAAACGAGCAAAAAAAAAAGCAAAAAAAGAAAAAUAGAAAAGAUAGAUAAAGCCGGAAGCGACGUUGCCGCUUUUCACCGACGACCAAUCCAAGCCGAAAAGCAGCAGCAAUUAACCGCCGGGUGUUAUCUGGCAGAUAGCGAUUAGAGGAACUCAACCCGGUGGAAAUAAACCCCCAUUGAGUGGAAACGCACACCCCCCACCCCCCCAAACAAAUUGAGCCGACCAAAAAGAGCGCCAUAGAGAGGGCAGCGAAGAGCGGGAGUGUAGCCCACGGAAAUCACCAUUUGUCGAGAGCGGGAGUACUGAGUUUGGAGAGCACCGAGAAUCGUACCUCGUACUGCCACUGCCACUAAAAAAAAAAGCACUCAACACUCAACAAUCAACGCCGAACACAAAACACUCAACUGCCAAGCAGAAGUACACAUAUCGCCUGUCAAAAUGUUUGCUGUAAUGCGAAUCGACAACGAUGACUGCCGGUCCGAUUUCCGCCGCAAGAUGCGUCCGAAGUGCGAGUUCAUUUGCAAGUACUGCCAGCGGCGAUUCACCAAGCCGUACAACCUGAUGAUCCACGAGCGCACCCACAAGUCCCCCGAGAUCACCUACUCGUGCGAGGUGUGCGGCAAGUACUUCAAGCAGCGCGACAACCUGCGCCAGCACAGAUGUAGUCAGUGUGUUUGGCGAUAAGCUAAAAUACCAUAUAAACAUAUAUAUAAAUAUAUAUAAAAACCACACACAGAGCAAUAUAUAAAGUAAAACCGAUAUCUAAGCACCGCAGCACCAACAACAGCACGCAAUAUCACAGCUAUAUCUUACACACACAUAAAAUGAAUGAAUGGGAUCUGAUGAGGCAACUGCAACAACACACCCCGCCUACUUCUUCAUGCACCACUCUUUAAAUAUAUACAUAUAUAAAUAUAUAUAAAAAUAUUAAAAACCUGCAACACCGGCAACUGCAAUAUUGCUUAAACUACUAGAUGCAAUCUACAGCCACGACAAGCGAUUAUAGUGAAUGGAAUGCUAAGUUCAGGUGUUGGUUUUCAAUCUAUUCGGUUAUCUGGUCUAUACAAUGCACACUUGCCACGCCCCCCAUCAUCAGCAGAACAGCAACAAAAAGAUAUCCAAAUGUUGCGCAGGCGCAGCACAACAGCAACAGUUGCAGCCGUUGCAACGAACAUUGCAACAGCAGCCACCAUAUUUUCAAUAAUAUUUUCAGAAAUCUACACAUGGACACUUGUGGGCGUGGCUGCUUCGGAAAAUGAUGAAUAUGCAACCCCAAAACAACCAGCAACUUGCAACACGCACCAACGAAAAGCUUGCAACAUCCUAAAUUGCAGCGAAUUUCAAAGUUGCAGCUGGAAGAAAAUAAAGCGCAGCACCUAAAAAAAGGAACAUUUUCAACAGCAACACUAGCCAUGCAAUAUCCUGCAAUAUUUACGUUAAAUUCCUUUAAAUAUCAGCAUUCCCGCCAGCACCAAGCCACCAGCAACAGCAGAUCAUCAAUUGACAUCCCAGAAGAGCUCAGUAAAACAGCUAACAAAAACCGCAUGCAACACAACAGCAACAUGUUGCUGCUGACUUCCUCACGUGAGUGUUGCUCGUGUUGCCGGUGAAAGUGCAAUUAAGCCAAAGCUUCUUGUGCUUUUUAAUAUAUGCAGGCAACAACAGCAACACACAACAGAGCAACACACCAGCAACUUGCAACAUCCACAUGCAACAACAAUCAGCUGCAAUUAUCUUGCCUUAAACAAUAUUAAAGAUUUACACACAUUCUACACCCACACUCUCGCUAUAUUUUUAUGAAUAAUAAAUAAUAUAAAUAAUAAUAUUAAAAAUGCAUAAAAUCAAAAAAGAAACACCCACACAC